AUGCGGCCAGUAUCAGCAGAAAUGGGCGCCAUCAAGCCAGGGCAGAUAGUUAAUGAGGUGUGUGUGGUCCUUGUGUGUUGCCAUCAGGAAUGUGUGCACAGGUUGUUCUCACAGUGUGGCCCCAUCACCUCGGUGGCACUACAGGAGAAGCCAGGCCCAAGCUCCAAAUCCAAGACCCAGGAAUCAACGUUCUUCUCAGGGCCACCUGCACAGGGUUUCCAAGUGGCCUACGUGGUGUUUAAGAGCUCAGCUGCAGCGAAACGUGCCGUGUCCCUGAAAACCCAGGAGCCCUGGGUCCUGAACACAACUCAGCACCCGCUCAGGACGGGCCUUCAGAGUGAGGGAUGUCACUGUCAGGCCUGGUCUGGGAGACUGGUCCUGAUUGUGCUGUUUUGGGGUUCUCUCUUCCCAGAUAUCGCUCAGCUUCGCAGGAAAUUUGAGGAGGAUAAACAGAAGAUUGCUCUAAUGAGAGCCCAGCGCAAAUUCAAACCCUAUUGAAGGUCCCGCAUCCUAUCCGAGCCUGACGUAUUGGGGGUGGGAAAGGGGCAAAAGGGGGACUGGGGCUGUUAUUGGUCAUUGAGCAGGUGGGGGAGGGCAUGGUUGGCUGUGUUUCUGAACGUGGUAUCUCUGAGUCUGCUCUCAAUUGAAAAAAACCCAGGGCAGGGGGUGAGAGAUUGGGGCUUCAUACACUGCCUGGGUUAAGAUCCUGGGGGCAGUGUGACUCGACAGUCAGCCACCAGCUUUGUAUAUUCCUCCUCUCAUUCCUUGCGGUGACAGGCAUCCUGUUCCACAUCCUCUGGAUAGCUGCCAGUGGAACAGUGUGCCUGUUGGGAUGGUCCACAUUGCUGGAAAUAGUCACGUUCUUCAACAGAUUAAGAGUCAACCUGACGGCAGGAGCUGGGAUCAGCAGUGAUCAAAAUGGGCUUGGAUUGAUUUCAAUUCCCUUUUAUUUGGAAUGGGAGAUGUCUGUCUCCUGCAGAUUGAAAUGUUUCCUGUCCACAUUGUGUAUUCUGGAUGUUUCAGCUUUUUGUUCCAAGAUAUGGUUUAGAAUCCCCAAGAUUUUUUGUUAUAAAUAAAUCCAGUAAUUUCUUAAA